CAUAAUUCAAGCUGUUAAAAAGCCUGUCUGGAAGCGUCGACUGUAACGUUAGUCGUUUAACUUGACCAAAAUCCGUCAUGACGCUACUGCAGGCGCUCACGGCGUCAUGUAGUGCGUGGCUAAACUAUGGCGGCAGCGACCUGUGUCACAACCUAGACUCGCAUAGAACUCUACGGAUUAAGAAGGAGUCCUUGAGCGUGACCUCUUGCUUCAAAGUUAUCCUAGCUGACACAGACAAAGUGCGGUGCUACGAAUGUCGUACAGUAGCAGGUUCUGCGCGCUACACUGCUCGCAUGUUGAACGCUGCAGGUGGCCCGGCCUUGACCAGCGCUUACCUAGGAGCGGGACACCCUUGCUGGCGAAUUCACCAUAAGCGAAGCCCUGGCCCACUCCAUCUAACUCCAGUCAGCCACUUACAGCUCACAUCACCUUGUUCUGCCCAGAUGUCCAGAAUGACAGACGCAGCAGAAAGGAUAUGCACAAUCGAGGUUCGGUGCCCUUGCAAAAAGAGUUUCGAGGAUGCAAUGGCGUAUCUGCAGCACAAAGAGCACUGCACAACCCAUCUGGAGAAGAGAAAUGUAACACACAAACCCUCAAGCAUCAAUCGAAGUACUACUAUCGUCCCAGCCACAGCUCCAAUUCCAGCUCCAUCGCAAAAGCCUGCAGUCAGUAUGUCUGACACUGUGUCGAAUCGUUCUCUCGCAUUUCCCGAACACGGAUGCUGCCCUGCAACGUGGGAACGACAGAUGAACAUGCCUUCGGCUUUAUCAGAUCCAGGCCGGGUCAUGGAGUUAGAACUAAAUGCGGCCUCUGCAUCGACAGCAGGGGAGUAUCUCAUAUCUCCUGCGGAAACUAUGAAGACGACGAUCCGGUGUCCUUGUGGACAGAGCUUUGCGAAAGAAAAGCUGCUGAACAAGCAUCUGCAAUAUUCGAAGACCCACCUGACAGGGAAGCCUAGGUCUGAGCCUAGGUUCAAGAUCACAACACCGGGUUCGGUACCCUUCAAGGCUCUACAUUUACCCCCAACUUCGGUUCCUCCAGCUUAUACGUCAGUACCCGGGAUGAUUCCGUCCUCAAUACUCUCGAUAGUACCCUCAGCUCGAAACGAACCAGUAGACGACUCUUUACUUUACUCCCUCGCUUCUCUGAAUCUAGAUUCAGUGUCGACUCGGGCCAGGCCUUUAGAAGCCAGUCUUGUCUGUAUGUGCGGUCGUACGUUCACCGAUCAGGAAACCCUUGAAAAGCAUAAGCGAGAUGCUAGACGACUCGCUUGGCAAGGAAAGCGAGAGACGACAGUAAAGGUUUUCAACACGCCUCGACCGCAAUACCACAAAGACGAGUACUUGCAAGACAUGUCUAUUGCUCUCGCAAGGCAGCAUGCUGUUGGAGACUAGUGGCGAGAGAGGCCUGUGCAUCCUCAGGGUUCUGCAAUUUUGUACUAUGCCAUUUCAGUUCCCAGUAUCUUGGAUGAAGCUAUGUUAGCCAGUCUUUGUUAGGUCCUUGAUUCGAUUCGGUACGGAUGAGCAGUGUAUGCGUGGUCUACAGCUUGUCAGACUGUAUCCGACGAGUCUCGUUUACUGAGAUAUCGUGCGCGUUGUCAAUAAGCCGAAUCUUGAUUAUGUUCCAUGUACUGAGAUGACACAACAAAAGGUCAGAGGCUGAUCUCAAGAGCAAUAAGCUUAGAACCGCUCAUACACACGCUAAACCCUCAACGCGGCCAAGCUCCAUUCGCUCUUCUCAGACUAUCUAUCGCUAC